AUGGCGAAGCUCACUCGUCCGUGCCCCGCGUGCUCAGCGGAAGUGUCCGAAUACGAUGGUGGUGGCGGCCCCGACCUCGGAGCGGCUGUAGGAGCUCUGCCCCAGCUCGCCCCUGCACUGGCGUUGACCAAUCCCCGAUCUCCCGCAUGGACACCAUCUGGUGGUCUUUGCGAGAUCUCCUGCGCCUGCAUGAUGCAGUGCAACCCCACGAGCGAUCCUUCAGGUGUACGAACUUAUGACGAUAGGCACGCCAAGCGAGAGCAGACCUCCAUCACUACGAUCCAAUGGCAUAUUCAAGAACUAGCCGAAAGUUGGAUGGCCAGCGAGGUGGACAAAGGAUCCCCGAUGCAUGUUUGUGGUAGUUCUGAGCUUCUGAGCGGAAGUGGACGAAGUCACCUAUCCAGAUCCCAUUCUGUGGGCCUCGAGACCGAAGUCGAUGGAGAUCCCGAGGUCUUGGCCAACGAGCCUAUCGCCGUUAUCGGAAGUGGUUGCCGGUUCCCCGGCACUGCAAACUCGCCAUCCAAUCUCUGGGAACUCCUGCGCCAGCCACGAGACCUGCUUCGUGAGAUCCCUACCGAAAGAUUCAACGCCAAGGCAUUUCAUCAUCCAGAUCCACAGUACCAUGGCCACAGCAAUGUCCUUCAUUCCUACUUACUCGAUGAGGACGUACGACGCUUUGAUCCACAGUUUUUCAACAUCAAGCCAGUCGAGGCGCAAGCCAUGGACCCGCAGCAGCGCCUUCUGCUGGAAACGGUGUACGAAGGCCUCGAAGCUGCAGGGCUGACGAUUGAAGGGCUUCGAGGCUCAAGGGCCAGUGUCUAUGCUGGCCUGAUGUGCAACGACUACGAAGCCAUCCUGCUCCGGGACUUUCAACAGAUUCCGAAUUAUCAUGCCACAGGAGUGGCGCGCAGUAUUGUAUCGAACCGCAUCUCGUACUUCUUCGACUGGCAUGGACCGUCGCUGACCGUGGACACUGCAUGCUCUUCGAGUCUCAUUGCGGUUCAUCUUGCGGUCCAAGCCCUCCGCGCCGCAGAAACAAAUGUCGCUUUCGUAUGUGGAUCGAACCUGAUACUCGGGCCGGAGAACUAUGUCGCAGAAAGUAAACUGAAGAUGCUGUCUCCCGACGGCCGGUCCCGGAUGUGGGAUCAGAGCGCGAAUGGCUAUGCACGAGGCGAGGGUGUAGCGGUCGUGGUGCUCAAGACCCUCAGCGCAGCUCUGGCAGACGGGGACCAUAUAGAAUGUCUGAUCCGGGAAACAGGCAUUAAUCAAGAUGGUCGGACGCAAGGCAUCACCAUGCCCAGCGCUAUCGCCCAAGCCUCGCUCAUUCGAGAUACAUAUGCUAGAGCAGGUCUAGAUCCACGGCAAGAAGGGGAUCGCUGCCAGUACUUUGAGGCCCAUGGCACCGGCACUCCGGCAGGAGAUCCCAUUGAGGCAGAGGCCAUCAACGAGGCGUUCUUUGGUCAGUAUACUGUGUCGGGCACACAGGCAAGCACCCCGCUUUAUGUUGGCUCGAUCAAAACGGUGAUCGGUCAUACGGAAGGCACCGCGGGUCUAGCUGCUUUGCUCAAGGCAUCCCUGGCUCUCCAGCAUGGAGUAAUACCUCCAAACCUCCUCUUCCAACACUUGAAUCCUCGCAUUACUCCAUUCUACGACGCAGUCGAGGUACCAACUCAGGCCAUCGCCUGGCCGGAAACCUCCCCUGGUAGUCCCCGGCGUGCCAGUGUCAAUUCGUUCGGCUUUGGCGGUUCCAAUGCGCACGCAAUCCUGGAGAGCUACCAGCAACCAGAGAGGCUUACCGGUACGCCUCCUGUCAGUCAGGUGUUCAGUCAAUUUGUGUUCUCGGCCCAUUCAACCCAAUCUCUGGUCGGAAACCUGCGCGAGUAUUCACGGUUCUUGGAGACCAAUCCGACCAUCAGUGCGCAGGAUCUCGCAUGGACACUGCGCGCCCGGAGGUCCAGUUUCCCGGCCAAGGUCUCAUUUCCAGCCAGCUCGAUCCAAUCUCUCAAGGCAAAUAUUGACGGGUGGUUGACGACCGAGGCCCAAUCUGCGGGAGGUACUAUCGGGGCUCGUAUGACGGUAUCUUCGAGCACCAAUCGGCCGCGACUCUUGGUCAUAUUUACAGGCCAAGGAGCCCAGUAUGCACGAAUGGGGGCAGAGCUCAUUGAGCGGUCGCCCUACGCGGCUGCAAUUCUGGCCAGACUUGAAGGUCGACUUUCACAGCUACCGAUAAGCGACAGGCCGCCUUGGUCCCUGCGCCAAGAGUUGCUGGCCAAGGCAGCCAGCAGUCGAGUCCAUGAAGCAUUGAUUUCCCAGCCGCUCUGUACAGCUGUUCAAAUUCUGUUGGUGGAUCUCUUGCGUCUCGCUGGCGUGCAGUUCUCGACCGUGGUAGGGCACUCAUCCGGAGAGAUUGGUGCUGCGUACGCGGCCGGUUAUCUUUCAGCCGACGAUGCCAUCUGCAUCGCUUACUACCGUGGCCUGCACAGCAAAUUAGCGCGAGGCCCUGAACAAGGGAUUGAAGGAGCCAUGCUUGCAGUCGGUACCUCGUUAGAAAACGCACAGGAACUGCUCAGCAUGGAAGAAUUUUCCGGGAGAGUGACCGUAGCUGCCUGCAAUUCCUCUUCCAGCGUCACACUCUCUGGGGAUAAAGAUGCGAUUGAGGAACUGGAAGCUAUCCUUGAAGAUGAAGGAAAGUUCCGCAGACGCCUCAAGGUGGACAAGGCGUAUCGUUCUCACCAUAUGCAAAUGUGCUCAGGCGCGUACCUGCAAUCUCUGCGAGGCUGCAACAUUCGACCGCAGCAACCGUCAGCCGACUGCGUGUGGCUUUCAAGCGUUUAUGAAGAUCCCGCUGUCGACCUUUCAUCGACACUGCAUGGUCCUUACUGGGAUGAGAAUAUGGUUAGUCCUGUACUGUUUUCCCAGGCAGUCAAGCGAGCGUUCGCGUCCGGACCCUACGACGCGGUGAUAGAGGUCGGCCCUCAUCCGGCGCUCAAGGGACCAGCUACCCAAACCGCCCAAGAGGCGGGCUUCGAGGAGGUGUUAUACACCAGGCUGCUCACUCGCGGGAAGGAAUCCAUAGGUGGUUUAUCGAACGCCCUUGGACUGCUGUGGGUGCAUCUCGGAGCCUCCGGCAUCGAUAUAGAUGGGUUUGAGCGCGGUUUAAGUGGCGGGCGAGACUACCAAAUGGUCCUUAACCUUCCUUCAUAUCAGUGGCAGCACGACCGUGCAUCCUGGCACGAAUCGCGGAUUUCGCGGGGCCAUCAGCUCCAGAGUCGAACGGUCUUCCCCGCUGCAGGGUAUGUGGCCACUGCCCUCGAAGCAGUUCGAUAUUUUAUAUCCGAGCAGGAUAUUCGACUCAUCACAAUCCUCGACUUCAUCAUUCACCAAGCGAUGGUGUUUGACGACGAGGACGCGGGGAUUGAAGUGAUCACCUGCCUGGACGAUGUGCGCAGUGAAGAAGAGCCAAAGCGGGUCAGGGCUCGAUUCACGUACUCUGCAGCCGUAGGAAAGGAGCGCGACAGGUUGACUCUGGUGGCCAGUGGUGAGGUCGAGAUCCUUUUGGGCGAACCCUCACCCGAUAUUCUUCCCUCUCGAGGACCAUCAGAACCCAACAUGAUUGAGGUUGAGACCGAUCGGUUCUACCAUGCCCUGGAGGACCUCGGAUAUGGCUACCAGGGACCAUUCCGAGCCCUAUCAGCAUUGAAGCGGAAAUUGGGGCGAGCCACGGGCCUCGUGGCAAGGACGCCCACAGAUCCAACCAAGGCAGGGUUCCUGUCCUUGCAUGUCCCUACUCGGGUUCGGUCGGUCUGCGUCGAUCCGGCGCUCUGUGGUCGGCACUGGGCCCAUGUCGAUGAUCUGCCCUUUGAAUCCUCUCUGGUUGACCAUGAAGGCCCAGGCAUCACCUGCGAUGUCGACAUCUAUAACGCAGACAAUGCGCGGGUCGCACUGCAGAUAGAGACAGAGAGUAAUACACAGGAGGGCCAGAAAGAGGAGCCGCCUUCAAGUCCGGCCCCUGGGGAGAUCCCUGGCGAGGAUUCACCGGCUCUAGUAUCAUAUUCAGAUUCUAUUGAUCACCUUUCCCAAGCAGAAUCCAGUUCGCCAGAAGAGGGUCACCUUACGCCCAUUUCGUCCGUGAUUGACGAGCCGGCCAAAUCCACCCCGAAUCCGAGACCAAUAGCAGCGAUCCAACAAUCAGGUCGGUUGUCCUCCACCCAGUCUAUGUUCUGGUUUGUGCAUGCGUUGAUGGAGGAUAAGACGACACUGAAUCACACGGCGAUGUUCCGAUUGAGUGGGCCUCUGGAUGUCGACCGACUGCGCGAGGCUGUCACGGCCGUGGCUCAACGCCAUGAGGCACUACGAACAUGUUUGGUGAUGGAUGCCAGACAGCACAUCACCCAGGCAGUCCUGGAGACGUCUGUCUUGCGGUUGGAGCUCAGACAGAUCCACGCGGAUGACGAAGUCAUGGCCGAGUACGAGGCGCUGAAGCAGCACGUGUACGACCUCACGUCCGGAGAGACCAUGCGUAUUGUGCUGCUGUCGGGCUCGCCGGGGCACUACCACCUCUUGAUCGGAUGCCAUCAUAUCAACGUUGACGGCAUAAGUUAUCAGGUACUCAUGGCCGACUUGGAAUGCGCGUACAAGGGGGAACCUCGGGACACGCCAGUGCUUCAGUAUCUUGACUAUGCUGACCGGCAACGCGAACAGCACGAGCAAGGUGCAUGGGAUCAGGAAAUUGCUUUCUGGAAGCGUGAGCUGGGACCGAUCCCCAGCCCGUUACCCCCCGGCCGUCACCUUCUUGCCCAUCGGCAGCCACUGCAUCACUAUGGAGUCCAUUCCGUGAAAUUGAGGAUCGACACUGCUCUUGCGAACCGGAUUCGUGAAGUGGUGCGAACGUGCAAGGCGACCGCGUUCCAUUUUUACCUGGCGGCUUUCCGGGCUCUGCUGCAUCGCUACCUGAAUGCUCAAGAUGUAUGCAUUGGGAUUGCUGACGGGAAUCGGAGUGGCACUGGGAUGUUGGAUAGCAUCGGCCCAUAUGUGAAUCUGCUGCCCUUGCGGUUUGUGGCGCGGGAUGGGCAAUCCUUCCAGGAGGCCCUAGUCGAGGUCAAGAGUAGAACUUAUGCCGCUCUUGCCCACUCCCAGCUGCCUUUCGAAGUCCUACUGAACGAGUUGCGAGUGGCACGCUCACCGACACACAGUCCGCUCUUUCAGGCCUUCGUGGACUACCGGCAAGGGACUCGGGAGAGACAGCCGUUCGGGGACCUGCAACUGGAGAUGCUUCAUUUUGAGCCCGGACGAACUGCCUAUGAUGUCAGUCUCGAUAUCAUUGACAACCCGGGACAAGACGCGUUGGUUGUGGUCAUGGCUCAACGGAAUCUGUACUCGCUAGGCGACGCAGAGGUGAUGGCUCAAAUCUACGAAGAUAUACUGCAGGAAUACUCGUCCAUUCCAAGUAUGGCGGCCGACAAGAAUUGGAGCUUUCGACCGGAGACAUUACAGAAAGCGCUGGACCAUGAAGGCCCGGUGUUUCAACCACAGUGGUCCAGGACACUCAUUCACCAAUUCGAAACGCAGAGACAUUUGCACAAAACAGCCCUUCACGUCGCCAACGCUUCCGCUUGGUCAUACGAGGAGUUAGGGCAACGCGUGGACCGCAUCGCGCGGGAGCUGAUCAGCUGCGGGGCACAACCAAGUGACAAGGUUGCGGUAUUGCAGGACCGCACUGCAGAUCCCAUUGCGUCGAUGCUGGCCACGAUGAAAAUCGGCGCGGUGUAUGUUCCACUGGACCCUAACGUCCCAUUAGCCCGACUGGCAAAGAUUGUCCGUGAUUGCGACCCGGUGGCUUUGCUGGCCGAUAGCACUACCGUCACUGAAGGGGGAAGCCUCGCACAACCAUCGGCAGCAGUGAUGAUCGAUGUCUCAGAGUUAGCUGCGUAUUCUAGCGGGAGUUCCCUACCGAACCACGCGGAGCCGGACGCUACAGCGCUGAUUUUAUAUACCAGUGGCACCACAGGCACCCCCGAGGGCGUCGCUCUACCGCACUCCAGUUUCUGCCACGAAGUCGAGGUCUCGGUGUCCACCUACGGCCUGACUCAAGACGAUCAUAUCUUGCAGCAAAGCGCCGUCAGUUUCGACAUGUCUGUUCUACAGGUAUUUCUAGCACUGGCGCAGGGUGCCACAUUAUGCAUGACUUCGGCGGCAAUGCGGGCGGAUCCAUCUGCUAUCAGUGCCUUCAUUACACAGGCCGGGGUGACAUUCACCUGUGCUACCCCGUCCGAGUACCAAAGUUGGCUACAAUCUGGUCACCGGCGUGAGAGUCUGCGACUGUCUGCCUGGCGCACAGCUCUCACGGGAGGAGAGCCAGCCACCACGGCCCUACUUCACAGCUUCCGCGACCUGGGAAGACCUGAGCUUCGUUUGUAUAACGGGUAUGGACCAACUGAGACAACGUGUUGCUCCACCAAAAUGGAGCUGUCGUACCAGAAUGCGUUUCUAUAUGCCGAGUGUGUUCCAGCAGGGCGCCCCUCUGCGAAUGAAGCGAUCUACAUCGUCGACCAAGCAAUGCGGUUACAACCUGUCGGGCAGCCCGGAGAGAUUCUCAUCGGGGGAGUGGGGGUCGCGUCAGCGGACGUCUUCGCAAGUCCCAAGGACCGACAGCAAGGCUGGACAACAAUGUAUCGGACCAAGGAUUACGGACAUCUCCGCCCGGACGGCUCACUCAUCAUCGAAGGUCGCGUAGACGCAGACACGGAGAUCAAGCUCCAUGGAGUGAGAACCGACCUGAUGGAUAUUGAGAAAUCGAUAUUGCAGGCGGCUGAGGGGACUCUUUGCAAUGUUGCUGUCUCGGUGCGCUCGGCCGCGGAGAAGACGUUUCUGGUUGCGCACUGUGCCUUCUCGCCCACAGUAUAUCAAUCAACAGCAGAGCAAGAACAGUCCCUGCAAGCUCUACUGCCUCAGCUGCCGCUCCCGCAAGGCAUGUGUCCUUCCGCAUUGGUCACAAUAGACCAGAUGCCGUUGACCAGCGCAGGGAAGCUUGACCGUCAUGCGCUGGCUCACCUCUCCCUUCCAGCAUCAGCCGAGUCCAGGCGUGAAGCUACGGCUACCAGCACGCUAUCCGACGCGGAGACAGAAAUGAAAGGUCUCUGGGAAGAGGUGAUUCCUGAGGAGCUCUGGAGCCAUCAUCGGGUCGACAGCCAGACGGACUUCUUCCAUGUUGGGGGGAGCUCGAUGCUCCUGGUCGAUUUGCGGGCUCUAAUCAGCAAUCGCAUUGGUACAUCGAUCCCGCUUAUCCGGCUUUUCGAAUCCAGCACGCUGAAAGGCAUGGCAUUGCUCAUCGCCAGGACGACACCAGGAGACACGACAGUCGGCGUUCUCGACUGGAAGACGGAGACCAGCCUCACUCCCGACCUUGCACGCAUCGUUGGGCCUCCUUUGCCCUCGACAUCCCUGCUGCGAUGUCCACCAAGGGUGAUUGUUCUGACCGGAGCAUCUGGGUUUUUGGGACAACACUUGCUGCGACACCUGCUUGCCCAGCAGCAGCCCGUCGUUGACCAGGUAAUUUGUAUUGCAGUACGUCAAUUAGCGGAUCGAGCUCAUCUCUUUGCCGGAAUGGACCGGCAGCGGGUCGUCUGCUACGAAGGAGACUUAGCGGCGCCUCGCCUGGGGCUGAAGGAAGACGACGCCCAGCGGAUCUUCGGCACUGCGGACGCGGUGAUUCAUAAUGGGGCGGAUGUAUCCCAUCUCAAGAACUACCAUACUCUCAAGGGUGCGAACGUGCAAUCGACUCAGGAGCUCGUUCGGCUGUGCCUUCCCCGGGGUAUUCCCCUCCACUACAUUUCCACCGCCGGCGUGGCCAUGUUCACCACGCGCGAGGCUUUCGCCGAAGUCUCCGCUGGCGAUGCGCAACCUCCUUCUGACGGUUCUGACGGCUACACGGCUACCAAAUGGGUGAGCGAGCUGUACCUCGAGCAGGCCAGUCAGACGUUCCAGCUGCCGGUCUGGAUUCAUCGGCCAUCCAGUGUCGUCCGUCAAGAGCGCGCGGGGGCAGCAGAAGCCAUUGACCAAGACCAAGACAACGUGGACGCAAGGCCCAUGUUCGAUCUGCUCCAAAAUCUCCUCCGUUAUUCCCGGCACCUAAAGGCCGUGCCCGUCUCCACCAACCUGAAAGGCUCCUUGGACUUGGUCUCGGUGCAGAAUGUGGCGCGCGGAGUGGUGAAAGCGGUGGUAGCCCAAUCGAUCGACCAGCGUGAAGUCGCGUACAGUCAUCUGACCGGGGAUUUUGAACUACCGAUUGAUGGAUUGAAGGAGUAUCUUGAGGGGGAAACGGGAGAGGCGUUUGCGAUGCUACCGAUUCGCGAGUGGGCGCGUCGAGCGGAGGGGGCGGGGCUUCAUCGCGCCGUGGCCACGGUCUUCAGCCGGGUGGAUGAACUGGCACUGCCGCUGCAGUUCCCACGAUUUGGGCACACGAACGGGUGGAAAUGGAUGCAUGGAAGUGAGGAGUAA